UCUCUCUUAUAUCACCUUGUAUACAUGUAAGAACACACAAAUAUACAUCAACACAACCAAACCAAGGCAGAAAAUAACUUGCAGAACUUCUCAUGGCUUCCGAAACAACCCAACAAUGUUCUCCUCCUCUUCACUUUGUUCUCUUCCCUUUCAUGUCUCAAGGCCACAUGAUCCCCAUGGUCGAUAUUGCAAGGCUCUUGGCUCAGCGUGGUGUGACUAUAACCAUUGUCACUACCCCUCACAACGCUAACCGGUUCAAGAGCGUUCUUAACCGGGCCAUCCAGUCCGGCCUGCCCAUCCAUCUUGUGGAAGUGAAGUUUCCAUCUCAAGAAUCGAGUUCAUCAGAGGGACAUGAGAAUAUAGACUUGCUAGAUUCAUUGGGAGCAUCAAUGCCUUUCUUCAAAUCCAUUAUCAUGCUCGAGGAACCGGUGGAGAAUCUCUUCAAAGAGAUUGAACCAAGGCCAAGCUGCAUCAUAGCCGACAUGUGUUUGCCUUUCACAAACAGAAUCGCCAAGAACUUUGGUAUACCAAAGAUCAUCUUUCAUGGCAUGUGUUGCUUCAACCUUCUUUGUAUGCACAUCAUGCGCCAACACUACGAGUUUUUGGAUACUAUAGAGUCUGAUAAGGAGUACUUCACCGUUCCAAAUUUUCCUGACAAAGCUGAGUUCACAAAAUCUCAGAUUCCAAUGAUCACACAAGGUGCUGGAGUUUGGAAAGAGAUUUUAGAUGGAAUGGAUGAAGGUGAUAACACUUCUUAUGGUGUGAUUGUCAAUACGUUUGAGGAGCUUGAGCCAGCUUAUGUUAGAGACUACAAGAAGGUUAAGGCAGGUAAGGUAUGGAGCGUCGGACCGGUUUCCUUGUGCAACAAGGAAGGAGUAGACCAAGCUGAGAGAGGGAAUAAAGCAGCCAUUGAUCAAGAGGAGUGUGUUAAAUGGCUUGAUUCUAAAGAAAAAAGGUCAGUUCUAUAUAUUUGCCUUGGAAGUAUAUGUAAUCUUCCUCUCUCUCAGCUCAAAGAGCUAGGGCUUGGCCUAGAGGAGUCCCAAAGACCUUUCAUAUGGGUCAUAAGAGGUUGGGAGAAGUAUGAUGAGUUACUUGAGUGGCUUUCAGAAAGUGGGUUUAAAGAAAGAAUCAAAGAAAGAGGUCUUCUCAUAAGAGGAUGGUCACCACAAAUGCUUAUUCUUUCACAUCCAGCCGUGGGAGGAUUCUUGACACACUGUGGAUGGAACUCGACUCUUGAAGGAAUCACUUCGGGUGUUCCAUUGCUCACUUGGCCAUUGUUUGGAGACCAGUUCUGCAAUGAGAAAUUGGCGGUUCAGGUAUUAAAAGUUGGUGUGAGAGCUGGUGUUGAAGAUUCAAUGAGCUGGGGAGAAGAGGAAAAGAUAGGAGUGUUGGUGGAUAAAGAGGGGGUGAAGAAGGCAGUGGAAGCAUUGACGGGUGAUAGUGAUGAAGCUAUAGAGAGAAGAAAAAGAGUCAAAGAGCUUGGAGAGUUGGCUCACAAGGCUGUUGAUGAAGGAGGCUCUUCUCAUUCCAACAUCACUUUACUCUUACAAGACAUAAUGCAACAAGCACAAAUCAAGAAUUAAUUGUAUUGUUGCUUUUGAUUGGAUUAUCUAUUCGUGUAAUAUGUUAGUUAUUAAUUAAUCAGGAUUCAGUUAAUAUGUAAAAUUGUUUGCCUUUUACGUCAUAGUAAUAUUUAAAUA